GAUUAGCCUGUCCUUUGGGGGAGCAGUCGGACUGAUGUUCUUGAUGCUUGGAUGUGCCCUUCCCCAAUACAACCAGUACUGGCCACUGUUUGUUCUGUUUUUUUACAUCCUGUCUCCCAUCCCGUACUGCAUAGCAAGAAGAUUAGUCGAUGACACAGAUGCUACAAGUAAUGCCUGCAAGGAGCUGGCGAUAUUCCUUACAACAGGCAUUGUGGUCUCAGCAUUUGGGCUACCCAUAGUGUUUGCAAGAGCAGAACUGAUUUACUGGGGCGCAUGUGCACUGGUUCUCACGGGGAAUACAGUCAUCUUUGCCACAAUCCUAGGGUUUUUCUUGGUCUUUGGCAGCAACGACGACUUCAGCUGGCAGCAGUGGUGAAAGGAGGAUAAGAGAACUAUCACAGGCAUCUUGUCAUGCAGCGGCCAUCCAUACAAGUGAGAGAAUGGGCAAUAAAGAGAAGUAGCGUAGCAAGCCUCUUGAGUAUUCUAGAUGCUCCUUUUCACAUUGUUCAUUCUGAGUGUACUACUGUUGCUGGCAGAGUUUCUACGUUUUUAUGAAGUGGAGAGAUGGUUGAUUUCGUUUUACCUAUGGUAUGUUUUUAGGUGCUCUCUUGGUUUAAAAUUGUCAUCCUUCUGUCUAGUGUUUUAUGUGAAGCUUUAAAUCUGGAAAAAGAACCUGGUUUCAAAGAAGAUUUAAAGUCGG